GCUGUUAAAGACGUUCCUAUUUUCAGCAUUAUUCUAUUUGCAGUGCGGGAUUUGUCAACCCUUGCUGUAAAUUGGGUUUGUUGGCGGAUCAUCACUGGGUUUCGAAACGCGAACUGAGCGCGGUUUUGGAUUUCGCGGAGGAGGAGGAGGACUGAUGCGAAUGACAGCCCGUAGUUCCCCGGCUGCUGCGCCGUUGCCGAGACACCGACAGGGAGAAGGAGACGGGGGCCAGGGCGAGGAGCCACGCUUGAGGGAUGGAGAUAGGAACUGAAAUCAGUCGCAAGAUCAGAACUGCCAUUAAGGGAAAGCUGCAGGAACUUGGGGCUUAUGCAGAUGAAGAGCUACCCGAUUAUAUCAUGGUUAUGGUAGCCAACAAAAAGACCCAAGACCAAAUGGCAGAAGAUCUUGCUCUUUUUCUGGGAAAUAACACUGUCAAAUUUACUGCAUGGCUGCAUGGUGUCCUUGACAAACUACGUUCUGUUACAGUUGAACCCACCACUUUAAAACAGCAAUCAAAUUACUCCGAUUGUAAUCUGUUGUUAUCAACGGAAAAGAGUCAAGCAGCAGUUAGUGGAAGCAUUGAUCAAAACAACGAUGUUCGUAUUCUUGCUGUUUCUAGCACUCUUUCUGAGAGAAAUGAUUCUCGUGUUUCUACCAGCUCAUUACAAGAACAGGCAAUACCUGCUAUCAGGUUGGUGAAAUUAAAAUUGAAUGCUUAUAUUGUAUACUUAUCAUGUUUAUGUAUGCAGGAUGAGAAUUCCAGGAAGAGAAAGGCAGCAAUCAUCAGUUCUGUGGUUAAAGUAAGUAAAACUAGUGAUGGUGAGGAAGAUGAUGAUGAUUAUGGCACAAGAACAGGAAGUCUUCCCAGCAGUAUUUCUGUGCCAGCAAAGCCUGAAAGAAGGCCUACUUUACCACCUUCUAAGCAGGCCAAUAAGAAUCUAAUCCUAAAAGCUAUCACAGAGGCCCAGAAAUCUGUAAGCAAGACAACAAACUAUCCACCAGUUUCUCAGAGACAGACUGUACCUGUGGCUCCUAGAACUCGAGCUGUAUGUGAAAGCAAUGAAAUUGAAGUGAUUAAUGUAGAAGACAAACCAGAUCAACAUGGCGUACAACUGCAAAUUGAUAAAGCUGAACAGCCUGUACAAAAGCUUUACUUGAAGUCAAUAGAAGCAAGACCAGGUGGUGACACUAGAUCAUUUAUCUUGAAGAAGCCUGUAUUGGAAGGAGUGGAACCCAAAUGCCAGGGAAAAGUUGCUGUUUACAUCGAAGGUGUAUCAGCAGAACAAGAUCGUGUGGUACAGGCCAAAGAUCAACGUGACUCUGAGGAAUCAAGUCCUAAAUUUAUUGUGACAUUGGAUGGCAUUCCAAGUCCUCCUGGAUAUAGCUCAGAACAAGAGGAGGAGACUGAAAUAAUGGAGCAAGGGGGCCUUUUGCAAGAGGCUGGAAGGAAGUACAGAUUGUCAAUACAGAAUGCUGCUCAGUCAUUGAAGGAGUCCGAUGAAGAAAUUGAUGACCCCAACUUUCAAGUAAAACGGCAGAAAGUUCUAGAGCGAUGCAAGUACUGGCCUGCAUGUAAAAAUGGUGAUGAAUGUAUGUAUCAUCAUCCAGUAGCUUCAUGCAAAACAUUUCCAAAGUGUAAAUUUGGGGACAAGUGCCUGUUUAUUCAUCCAAAUUGCAAGUAUGACUCCAAGUGCAUUAGGUCAGACUGUCCAUACACACAUGCAAGCAAAAGGACUGCAGUACUACAAAAACAGCCAGCACCUGCAACAAGUCCAAGCAGUUCUUUGUGUCGAUUCUUUCCAGAUUGCAAAAAAGUGGAGUGCCCUUUUAUCCAUCCAAAGCCAUGUCGAUUCAGCACCCACUGUAAGAGAGCUGACUGCACAUUCUACCAUCCUGCAGUUACAUUACCUCCUCGUCAUGCAUUAAAGUGGACCAGGUCUCAACAAAAUGGUGAAUGAUCGGUUUGGAUUGUGCUUGAUCGCAUAUUGUGGAUAUACAGCUGCAAAUGUUUGAAGAUGUAGCAUUUUACAAUUUUGUAUUAUUUUUCAAUAUUGUUUAACAUUGAAAAUCAAAAGAUUUUGAUGUUAAAAGUAACUUUCUCCCCAGUGUGAAUUGACUUGAUUAUUUUUCCCAUACAUAGAUGCAGCCUCACUAAGAUUAUUCAGUGGUGGGUUUUAAAGGUACAUUUUGUAACUUGUUUUGUGCUGUUCUAGAGUUUUCUACUGGAUGAUGAAAUAUCCAAAGAGGAAAUGCCGUUGCCUGAUGUAACAUCCCUUUUGUUAACAAAACUAUUCUACAGUAAAAAUUGAUUUAAGGCGCUUGUUCAAUGAA